AUGCAUCGAUACGAGCCAUAUCCGCGUAUACCCAUCCAUCCCUCUUCCUCAACAUCCACCCCAUACUCCAGAAAGUCUCAAGGACAAACAAUCAUAUCUCACGCACCACCUCCGUACACUACCAAACCACUCGCACCUUAUCCUCCUAUACCCGGACCUCAUAUCACUUCUAAACCUCCCCAAUCUCAGUCUCAUUAUCAAGCACAACAUCUGCACUCGCAAUCACAUGCGCAAUCAGGUCGAUACCAACCUUCUCGAGGUGCUCAGCGAGAUGCCAAAUACACAAAGAAAGAAGCUGAGAAAGCUCAAUUACUCGCUCAGGCAAAAAUGAUCGCUAGGAAUCAGCAAGUGACAUUGUCGGAACGUAAGAGACAGAGAGUACUUCCUGGGCCUUCUGUUCUUACGCUCAAUAGUAGCGGUAAAAGAGAGGAGAUACAGUCUCAAUUGCAAUUGCAAUUACAGUUACAGAAUGUUCAAGUGGAGAAUGCCGAGAAGGUAAAGAAAGAACAGCUACUUGCUAUUCGACUUGCGAGGGAGGAACAUCAGGAGAUGAUAAGGAGGAAAGAGGCAGAGGAGAAGAAGGUUAGGAGGAUACAGUUACAGGUCUUCGUACAUGCCAGACCGACUCCAUGUGAAUGGAAAGGAUGCGAAGCGAUACUCAACUCAUGGGCAACUCUUGAGAAACACAUCCAUCAUUCUCAUCUUCAUCCGUCAAUUAUACAUGAUUCCAAUCAAGUAAAAUGCCAAUGGCAAGGAUGUAAUGAGGAAUUCAAGAGUAGAGAUGUAUGUGAGAGGCAUGUACUGGUAGGACAUAUGGGAUCGUUCUCAGCUAGGUGUCCAUUUGAUUGUCUAUUCGAAGGACCUUCAUUUCCUUCAUUGAUGGCUCACAUAUCCCGACGACAUCCCAAAGCUACUCCAGAUGACUUUAUACCAGGUUUGAUUCAUUACCGACCUUCUCUCCCGCCUUUGUCCCUCUUACCUCAACUACCAUCUCUCACCCAGCCUCACAAGUACCACGCCUUCGAGCCUAUCUUACCUUUCAAGGGGGGUGUGGGGAAUAGGAAUCGGAAGAUGGUUCAGCGGAAUUGCUUUAAAGGGAGAUACCCCCGCGUGGAGGCAUAUGAAGAUAAGAGAGGUGCAGGAGCGGCUAUACAGGCUAUCAUCGAGAAUUCGAAAAGGUUGAAAUACCUUCCACCCAAUUCGGCGGUAGGUAUUAAGGUUGAAGGUGGAAGAGAAGAUGAGGAAGAAGAGGAACCUGGAACGGCCAGAACAUUUGUGCAUUUGGUGGACGUUAUAGGAUCGGCCAAGUUGGCUAGUGAACAGGCUAAGAAGGAGUUUGGUGAUGACGUUGAAUAUUCAAGUAUGAGUGGUUCUUCAACAUCAUCGAGUCGAUCUUCCCCUUCUAUCAUAAGCAGUGGAUCAUGUAAUAAAGCAGAGUACGACACCGAACGGGACAGGGUGAAUCCAGAGAUGAAGGUGAAGAGAAGUCAGAGACUUAGAUUGAAGAUUGUUAGAAGGGAUUCAGGCAGUUCGUUGGGUGAUAGUUUGUACAGCGAGGAAUGCUAG